AUGGCGGCGCCCAGCCUCCCCACGCCUCUGCACGGGCACGUGGGCCGCGGGGCCUUUCGCGACGUGUACGAGCCCGCGGAGGACACAUUCCUGCUGCUGGAUGCGCUCGAGGCGGCUGCGGCCGAGCUGGCGGGUGUGGAAAUAUGCCUGGAAGUAGGGUCCGGGUCCGGUGUGGUGUCUGCAUUCCUCGCUUCUCUGAUCGGCCCCCGAGCUCUGUAUAUGUGCACUGACAUCAAUCCCGAGGCCGCAGCCUGUACACUGGAGACAGCACGCUGUAACCGAGUUCAUAUUCAAGCAAUCAUUACGGAUUUGGUCGAAGGCUUGUUACCGAGACUGAAGGGGAAAGUUGAUCUUCUCGUGUUCAAUCCCCCCUAUGUGGUGACUCCCCCUGAAGAGGUGGGGAGUCACGGAAUAGAGGCAGCGUGGGCCGGUGGCAGAAGUGGCCGAGAAGUCAUGGACAGAUUUUUUCCUGUGGCUUCGGAGCUGCUGUCACCAGGAGGAUCUUUCUACUUAGUAACCAUCAAAGAAAAUAAUCCAGAAGAUAUUUUGAAAACUAUGAAGACAAAAGGUCUCCAUGGGACCAUUGCACUUUCUAGACAAGCAGGCCAGGAAGUCCUUUCAGUCCUCAAGUUCACCAAGUCGUGAUAGACCUGUAUGCCGAGAACUGCUGAGAGCUAGUGCAUUCUUUGCAUUUUGAAACUAAAACUAUUCCUUGACUAAGAAUGAAUUUUAGCAGAAAUUCAUCACAAAUAAGAAGUGGGAGCCCAGUGGCAUGGCCUAGCAGCUAAAGU